UUACAAGUUUGACUCUUUCUACAUUUCACAAGUUAUAAAUUUGACCAUUCCUAAAUUCUGCAAGACAAAUCCAAAACUGCCUCAAUUUCUAAAUCUUACAAUUUGGUCUUAAGUAACCCCAAAUCUAAAUAAACCUAUUCAUCCUUUACUAACCCAACCUAACCCGACAAGUCUCACUACCACACCUCCCUAGCUCUCCAAAGAAGUUAGCAAAAGUAAAAUAAUUUCUGUACACCGAUUAAUUUGCACAAAAAAAUGGAUGCAAUAAGGCCUGUAUUUUUUAUGUUAGAUUAAAAGAUAAUCGAUACGAUCGCUUUCAAAAAUAGAAAGAAAACGUACCGCCCAUUGCGUUUCGCACUACCAACGAUUUCGUUUUCUAUCUAAUUGUUUAUCUAUCGGUGAUCUUUAUAAUUGACCUAUUUUUUUCCAACUGACUUGAUCGCGUAAUAAAACGAUUUGAAACGACAACGGGUAACGUUGCUUUAGAAAGGCGUGUUCGGUGUUACAACAGUGUGACACACACGUAUGUGUUAGGCUACUAUGACGGGAUGCGAUACCGCAAGAAAAAGACUCGGGUGGUAUAAAAGGGGGUGUAUUCCGUGCUGUUGGCAUCAGUUUCAGUUGCGAACUACAACUGCACAUCGCUAACCAAUCAACAUGAAAUUCCUCAUUGUUCUUGCUAUCAUCGCCUUAGUGGCCCCCAUCUAUGCCCAGGAUGCUGAAGAGAAGACCCUGGAAAAGAGAGGCAUUUAUGGAUUGCAUUCUGGAGGCUUGGGACUUGGAGGACAUGGUGGAGGUUAUUCUUCAUACAGCGCCCCCAUCCUUCGUGUAUCCAGCGGACACGGUGGUGGAUACGGAAGUGGCAUUGGACUCCAUGGAAUUGGCAGAAUUGGUCAUGGGCAUGGAUACUAAAGACGGCAGUAUUAAUUGGUGCUGAUACCCAUUGAUACGAUUCUCAACCUUUUUUUCGGGGAUAUUACACUUCUUUUUUUACACUUUCUACUGAUCAAAUGAAGUUUAUACGGAUGAAAUAAAAUUUUUUACCUUUUCA